AUGUCCGUGCCUCCAGUAGAUUAUAGCGUGCCUCCUCCAUCUAUGAACAUGCCACCGCCACCGGUUAUCUCAGGAUCUAUUCCACCACAUAAUCUGUACACACAUCAUACUCCUUACAUACCUUUAGAUCAACCACCACCUCCGUUCGUGCCUAUGAAUUUUAGACCAUACAUGCCGCCUCCUCAUGUAGUACCUUUAAAUACAAUGGAUGGUCAUUUAUCUAAUUCUUCUAUAAUGUCAAAUUUACCACAAACUGGGAUUUCGGACUAUAUCCCUUCGGAGCCAAGCUACUUCAAUCAAUCUACUACAAAAAUGGUACAACCACCAACUGUGGCAGCAAACACAUGUACAGAGGGUAUAAAUCAAGCUUCCUCAUCAACAUCUGAGCACAUUUAUGCAACCAGUAAAAGAUCUGAUUUACAGGACAGUUCAAAUAAACAUACAGGUGACAAAUAUUAUCGUAGUUCUUCUAGGCAUCCAGAUUCUCCUUCUCGUAAAUAUUAUCGUUAUUCUCCAUAUAGAAAUGAAAUGCAGGAUAGAGAAAGAAGAGAGAGAGAAAGAAUACACAAAGAAAGAGAUAGGGAAUCUAGAUAUCAUGAAUAUAGAUCUAAACAUAGUCCAUCUCAUAGUCGAAGCCGUUAUAGCAGAAGUCCUUCAAGGUAUAGUUCUAGAGAAAGAGAAGAGAGGUAUUAUAGAGAAAAGUAUUAUGAAAGACGUGAAUAUGAGAGAAGAAGAUAUGAAUAUGAAAGAAGGCAUAGAUCACCCCAUUAUAGAGAAUAUAGAAGUCAUAGUAGAAGUUAUGAUCCGCGUGAAGAUAGAAAGUCACCAAGAUACUAUAAGUCCCCAAGCAGAAUGAAAUUUCAUUCACCUUCAAGAGAAUCUCACAGUGUUAGCCGUACCAGAGACUUAUCCCCAAGACGUCGAGAUUUACCCCGUAAACCUCUUUCUGACCGUGAAAAGAUAUUAGAAGAGUACAGGAAGAAUUACUGCAAAACAUCUGAAGAUUUGAUUGAGAAAAUGGAACAGUGGUCAAAGGAGCAUAAUGCAGAUUCAGAAGAAGCUACAAAAAUGUGGUACAGGAGUUCACCAGCUGAACUAUACUAUAAGCCUCUUGAAAAUGGGAUCGGGAUGCAGCAAACUAAAAAGCUUGAGAAACUGUGUGAAUUGUUCUUUAAGAACUUAAUUGAGAGAGGGCGAAAUGCUAGACCAGAGGUGGAUGAACUACCUCCUUUAAAGCCCCCAAAAGCAAAGUGUAAACAUAGUUAUGAGGAAAAGAGUUCAUCUUCAUCAGAAAGCGAAGAAGAGUGGUUGGAUGAGGAUGGUCUUCAAGGCUACACUGAUAGGAUAAUGUUGGAAUUGCAAAGGAAACAGAGUCAUCCCAGAAGACUCCAUCCUGAAAUGUGGUUCAAUAAUACGGGUGAAAUGAACGGCGGCCCGCUAUGUCGCUGCAGCGCCCGCGCCCGGCGGCACGGUAUGCGCCACGGUGUAUACGCUGGCGAGGAAUCCUUUCCCAAAUGUAUACCAAACCAGAAUAAUCUGGAUAAGCUUUAUCAUUACCGCAUAACAGUGUCUCCUCCCACCAACUUUCUAAUGAAGGCGCCAACUAUUAUAGCCCACGACGAACACGAGUUCCUUUUUUCUGGAUUCUCUUUGUUUUCACAUUAUAAAUUGGCUAAACUGCCUACUUGCAAAGUCAUAAGGUUUAAUAUCGAAUAUACUAUACUGUAUGUGGAAGAGCCAGCACCCCAGAAUUUUUCGGUACAAGAACUUGAAUUUUUCGAGGAGUAUUUAUUCACUGAAUUAUUAGAAUUAGUUGAUUUGGACUUGGGCAAGGCAACAGAAACCACAUGUUCUCAGUUUCAUUUUAUGCCUCGAUUUGUUCGUUUUCUACCUGAAGGAGGAUGUGAGGUGUUGUCAAUGUGUGAGGUUUUAAAGUAUUUAUUAGAUGAGAGUGGCUUGCUUAUACCACCACAGAAACUCGAAGAUGUCCAUAGUAUGGAUCAUUAUACUUGGCAGAAAUUUGUCGAUAGAAUCAAAGGCAUGAUAGUGACAUACCCUGGUAAAAAACCGUGUUCGGUACGCGUGGACCAAAUAGAUCGUAGCCCGCCUGUUAAUGACAACAAAUCUUCUACGGAGACUAGGAAGUACUAUCCAGAGAUUGUACAUUUUGGCAUUCGGCCUCCGCAGCUCAGUUACGCCGGUAACCCCGAGUACCAGAAGGCGUGGCGUUAUUACGUCAAGUACAGGCAUUUGAUAGCUAACAUGGCCAAACCAUCGACGAACGAGCGGCAGAAGCUCGCAGCUAAAGAGGCUAAAUUACAGGAGAUGCGUACACAGAGUAAGAUGAAGAGAGAUGUCACCGUAGCCAUAUCGUCUGAAGGAUUCCAUACUACCGGACUUAUGUGCGAUGUUGUACAACACGCUAUGCUAAUACCUGUCUUGGUGCGUCAUCUCCGUUUCCACAAAUCGUUGGACAGUCUAGAGAGUAAAGUCGGAUACGUGUUCAAACAGCGUAUGUUACUCCAGACCGCUUUGACGCAUCCAUCAUAUAGAGAGAAUUUUGGAACAAAUCCUGACCACGCUAGGAACAGUCUUACUAAUUGUGGCAUUAGACAGCCUGAAUAUGGUGAUAGGAGAAUACAUUAUACGAGAAAGAAAGGUAUUGUGACUCUCAUUAACAUAAUGUCCCGAUUCGGCAAACACAGUGAAACAGAGUCAGAGAUAAAACACAACGAGAGAUUGGAGUUCCUUGGGGAUGCGGUGGUGGAAUUUCUGUCUUCUAUACAUUUGUUCCGGAUGUUUCCCGGUCUGGCGGAAGGUGGACUGGCCACUUAUAGGGCCGCUAUAGUACAGAAUCAACAUUUGGCACAAUUGGCUAAGAAUAUCGAGUUGGAACAGUACAUGUUAUACGCGCACGGCUCUGAUCUUUGCCGUGAGGUUGUAAUGAGACACGCGAUGGCAAAUUGUUUCGAAGCACUCAUGGGAGCACUCUUCUUAGAUGCCGGAUUAGAGGUUGCAGAUCGUGUGUUUUCCCUCGCGCUGUGGUACAGUGAACCAGAACUACUGGAAGUAUGGACAAAGGAACGAGCUCAUCCGUUACAAGAGCAAGAGCCUCUCGGUGACCGGAAAUAUAUCAAAGACUUCGAGUUCCUACAGCGGCUCACUGAAUUCGAAGAUUCUAUCGGUGUACAGUUUAAGCACAUUCGCCUGUUAGCGCGCGCGUUCACCGAUCGUUCAGUGGGCUACACCCAUCUCACGCUCGGCUCCAAUCAGCGGCUGGAAUUUCUAGGUGAUACUGUUUUACAAUUGGUCGUGUCAGAUAGACUCUAUCGUCAUUUCCCCGAUCAUCACGAGGGACAUCUGUCGUUACUGCGUUCGUCUCUAGUCAACAAUCGCACACAGUCGAUGGUGUGCGACGAUCUCAAUAUGUCCGCGUAUGCGAUAUACAACAACCCUAAAGCUAAACCCACGACUAAGAAACACAAGGCUGAUCUGUUAGAAGCAUUCUUAGGCGCAUUGUAUAUCGACAAGAACCUGGAGUACUGCCAGGCGUUUUGCAACGCCUGCCUGUUCCCGCGUCUACAGGAGUUCAUAAUGAACCAGGAUUGGAACGAUCCCAAGUCCAAGUUGCAGCAGUGUUGCCUCACUCUACGCUCUAUGGAGGGUGGCGAACCAGAUAUACCCCUAUACAAAGUGAUCGAAUGUUUGGGUCCAACGAAUACCCGCGUGUACACUGUGGGCGUUUACUUCCGCGGCACUCGGUUGGCGACCGCUCGCGGUCACUCCAUACAGGAGGCGGAGAUGAAUGCGGCAGAACAAGCUCUCACUACUGCACACGAACUGUUCCCGCAGUUGGAUCAUCAGAAGCGGGUGAUAGCGAAGAGUAUGAGGAAAAAGAAGUCGAAACGGGGCGAAGGGAAUGCCCGAUCCGAAAAAGAUGGUCCAGAGAGAAAGAGCAUUCUCGACGACAGGGUGCCUAAAGCUUAUAGACUGGAUAAGAACAAUUCGGACGUUUCCGACGAGAGUAGUGCGCCUGCUGUAUCCGAUGAAGAAGUCAGAAGUGUAGGGGGAGAUGAUAAAUCAGAUGAUGAUUCAGGACUGGACAGUGAUACUGAAUCUGUGUCCGCCGAUAAACUUGGUGAUGUACAAGUGAGUAGUUUGCUCAGCGAUAUGGAGAGGCUAAAAGAAGAUUUGAUUAGACGCAACGAGUAUGAGAAGCUGAAGGAGAAGUGUAAGCGGUUUGACUCGGAUGAGGAGUGAAGUUUUUGAUUCAAAUGUGGAAUGAGAUCUAUUCAAUGAGUAAUAUCGAAUGAUGGAGUACUUGUUGGAUAUUGAAGAUAUAUCCAGUAUAUGUAAGUUUCGGGGUAUAUUCGACUAUUGGUUACUUGACAGUUAUUAUGAAAAAUGUUGGAAAUGGUAACUUAUAUGUAAACAAUAAUUAUGUAGCAUUUUCUGUUUUAAGACAAAUUCUAAGUAUAUUUUACCUUUGAAAAAUUUACUCGAGAUUUAUGAUCUAUGGAUUACAAUAACUGUCCGUUAUGACCAAGCAUGAUGUGACGUCAUAUUCAGUAAAAUAUGACGUCACACUGAAAUCUUUGUUCCGAGUGCAACCAGUGCUCAUGUUUAUUGAAAUGUAACUGUUUGUUUUACCGGGACAGAUUCCAUAAAUAAGGACAGAUUCCAUGAAUAAUAAUAUGUUUUUCCCUAAAAUAAAUCUGAUAGUGGUUUAAUAUGAUUUUAUGAAAGUUUAAAAUACUUUUCACAAAACAGCCAAGUAGCCAAUUACGCAUCUUUGCAAUCAAAGCCAACAUAAAAUGAAUAAAAAAAAAACCUUCAUUUUAUUAUCAUAAAUGUGUAAAUUCAUACACGAUAUUCUCUUCAUUAGGCUACGAUGAGAAGGACAUGAUUUCAAAGUCCCUAAACUAAUUUUACUGGUGCAUUAUCAAAUUUUUGUCCCGGUUCCAUGCUUACUUAUUUGAUGAUUAAAAUACUGGAAUGUGAAUACUUUUCUUCCGGCGCUCGUUUUUAAAGUUUUAUUGUGAAUUAAGUCACCCCACUUAAAUAAAUAAAACCUACUCACAUGCUUUAUAAAUCAUGAUUUUCUUGACAAUUUGUUGAGUUUGCUCAAAUAUAUUAUUAUUUAGUUAAAGCCAAUGAAAUGUAAUAAGUAUUUUAUUUUAUUUAUGUUAAGUGGAAUUUAUCAAAUCAUAAAUGACGCAUACAUAAAUGCAGAACAAUUCGGUCAUAAGGAUAAAGUGUCUAUGUAUAAUAAAAGUUUAUGAACAUAAGUGCUAAAUGUGAUAGUUUUAGUUGUAAUAAAUUCAUUUAGAAAUCACCUUCUUAUUUUAUUAUUUUUAUCGUUAUGUUAGAUCUGAUCCUUAAUAGUCCUCUAAUAUAUUUAAGUGCACCUUAAAGAACCUAAUAGUUUUUAAGAUACGAG